AAAAGGUAGAAUUAUAGCAGCCUCUGCUGGACACUUGUUCUCCGGGUAUCAGACACACUCAUAUAGAGGCACCGCUCACGUGCUGGUCACGGAAAUUUCCACAGCGAUCAUGCAUCAGUCGCGUGAGCGAGUGGCCAAUCAGAGCGCAGUAUCAAUCUGAUGAUGCUGAGGAGAACUUUAGUUUCGUAAGAUGUAAAGUGUUUAUUGUGUGUCCUAAGUUCAUCCAGUGUUGUGUGCGUCUGUAACUAAAAACCACACACACACACAUCCUCACACAUAGACAAACAUGCAAGAAUGAUAAUUCACCUGUAUCCAUGCAACCUUUAUUGGAUAUUAAAGUUUUGAACUGGGGUUCCUGACUGUGUUCUUACCGACACUCCAUGGCGACAAUAAAAUCCACUUAAAACCAGUCCAACUUCACUACAUAAAUGGUCCUUCGAGCCGGAUGGUAUCGUUACCAUGGCAACCCCAGAACCCAAUACUUCAAAGUCUGCUCCAGCUUCAUGCCAACGCCCACGCAGAACAGUACAAAGGCCGGUUUACCUGGAUGAUUACAUGGUCAGCUAUCCUGGAAAUCCCUCCAAGCAGACUGUUAGACCUAAAGAAAAGCCAUUGGUGACUUCUACCCCCAUUUCCCCUCAAGUACUUGGAACAGCUGGCUCAUCGGAUGAGCUUAUGAUGCAGAUCGUGGAAAUUACAAGGCAGCAAAGCGAGACUGCUAGGCGCCAGACAGAGCUCUUGGAAAAGGUCCUGCUACACAGCACUCCUCGAGCAUCUCCUCAGUCUUCGCGGGCAUCAUCACGGCAUCAGACACCUCGUGCCCGAAUCCUGCAAUCAGUGGAGAAGGGACAUCUGAAAUCUGAUGUUAGCCUUAGUGAUGUUGACUCAAACCCCUUUUCCUGGCCACAACCUGCUAAACUCCAACCCACAUUCGUUGAGGAGCUGUCACAAGUAUUAACGAAAACCCAUAUCAGAGAUUCUCAUCUUCAGUCACCACCUCCUGUGGGCAGAGAAAAUACGCUUUCAUCACAUCAGUAUGCUUCACCAUGCUACAGUGCUCCUUUAGACCCAGCCAGAAGUCAACUAUCAGGUAAAUCAGAGCCUUGGAAUAAACCAUUACCGCCACUUCCUGAACAAAGACCAAGCCGCAUCACCCAGCUUUCAUAUAACCAAGUUCCAUCCGCUGAGAUUCGCCCAGAUCAUAGCCAAAUGGUUCCAGAGACUGUGCCAAUGCCACAAUUUUCAAACCAUGUUACAUCUCAGCUCAGGGCUGAUGCAGUGCCUUACUAUCCUCAGCUUCCACCAUUUGGGUUCCCAGGAGUAGAGGGCCCCACUUUUCCAGAUUUUACUAAAGAGGACAGAGCUCAGUAUGUGGAACUUCGUAUGGCUUUGGAUAAUUUGCUCCACCCCCAACUAUCAGAGCAUUAUAAGUACUCCAUAUUACUGAAACAUGCAAAGGUGCCUAAUGCUCACAGACUAGUGUUAGCACAUGCAGAAUCCACUAUGCCUUACACUAAUGCCCUGCAAGCCCUGGAUAGAAGGUAUGGCCGGCCCUAUCAGUUUGUGCUUAGGGAAAUUGAGACCCUAGAGAACCUACCACCUAUUCGUCCUGGUGAUGAGCGGGCAUUCGACGACUUCUCCCUCAGAGUCCAAGCUAUAGUCGGCAUGCUCAAAGCCCUUAAAGGAGACGGAGUAGAGGAGCUACACAGUGGGUCAAAUGUGAAACGUCUGUUGAAUCGUCUGCCUCGUUCACAACAAACCCAAUUCAGGCGGCACCACCUUAAGCGAAACCCAGACAAAACAAAGUUCUCUCUACUUGAAUUCGCAGAUUGGCUGCAGCUUGAAGCCAACUGUAUGGAAUUCGACCCAACCGAUGGUGUGAAGGCCACAAAACGAGAUCAGCGGACUGUAAUCCGCGGCCAAGGUCAGCAAACCACCAUAAUGCAUGGCAUAGAACAAAAGAAGGCCAUAGAACCCAAAGCAAAAGUCAGUGUUGCACAUUCUGCAAAGCCUAAAGCUGUCUGUCCAUAUUGCAGUAUGGAACAUUACCUCAGUCAGUGCACCACAUUCAUAGCAUUAACCAAGGAGCAAAAGGUCAGCUGGAUAAAAGAUAACAAACGUUGCUGA